AUGGGGACCAAUACCUUUCAUUUUAUAGACAGAGGAAAAAUGAGCUCAAGUGAGGAAGAGGCUGUGCCUGUGGAGUGGGAGGCUCAGAUCAAUAGGCUUCCUUCUGACUCCUUCAAGUACCUUGGCUGGUGUGACAUAGAGGAACAUGAUGUUCGAGGGAAUCAGCUCCACUGCCCCCGAGUGAGGGAAGGGCCCUCAGAAGAAGAGCUGUUUUUCAGAAAGGAAGAACAUACUCUGAAAAAAAGAAAACAAGUAACUGACACAGAGAAAUGGGAAAAGAGGCUGCAAGAGAACUGGGAAAACUGUGCUGAGUUGAACCUUUCCUUCCAGGACCUGGGUGAUCUUUACCAGGUGGAAAACUUCAAAAGAAUCCUCCGAAGAUUAAUUCGGGUGGAAAAGCUUUGGUUGGUGGACAAUUCUUUGACAGACCUCAGUGCCAUAAGGUUGCCAAGAUGCAGAGAGCUAAAUGCAAAUAAAAACCACUUUACAUCCUUCAAACAGCUGCCAAAGAUCCCUCAGAUUCAGCACUUAUCUCUUGCUGAAAAUAACAUCACGACCCUAAGUGGGAUUUCAGACUUGAGACACACUCCACUAGAAUCCCUCAUCCUCAAGAGGAAUCCCUGUGAGUUCCAGGAAAGAUACAGACAACUGGUGUUCUCCAGUUUGCCAAACCUGAAAAUACUGGAUGGUAUCCCAAAACUGCCAGAGGACUAUUCACCCCCUGAUGUCAGUUUUUUUUACAGAAUCUGCACUAUACUCUAGCACUGUAUUUUUGAAGGAUCACAACUGUGCUUGCUUAAAAGAGACAAUAAAUCCUG